CAAAACUCAUCAUUAAACAUCUCACGUCAAGCCAGAUUAGGCCCUAACUAAAAGCAAGCAACCGUGAAGGCAAGAGCUGUUUUUAUUAUCAAUUUAUAGAUUCUGUCAUCCUACCCCGCAAACAGGUAGGGAAAUCAAGUCAACACCGAGGGUCGGGUAUAUAAACGAGACACGCGGAACAGUCUGUCACAGUGUUGUACCAGCAGACAAGGAGACGGCUGUAGGGGGGUUACUACACCUGAGCAGCGAACACAGACAAAACAUUUUUUAAAACUCUUAUCGAAAUUGGACAAAAGGAACGUUGAGUGUGCUACAUGAAAACAUAGGGUCAAUCUGGCAACAAAAUAACUCGUUUUUAGGAAAAAAACCCACAAGAUUGAUUUACAAGUUGUUGAAUUGAAAAUAUUAAAUAUCCCAACAAAAUUGCGAAGAAGACCGGAAAACCAACCAUGUCGCUCUCUGUUUUGACAGCGCUGUGUUUGCUGACAUCGGUGCUUUCUAAAAGCGUCCCUCAUUACCAAAAUCCUCGCUCCCUCUCUCCAUCUUUGCUGAGAGUAGCGAGAGACAACGGGGCUCAGCCACCGUCGGGAAUACUACCCCAAAACUUGAGGCAAGGAGCACACCCCCCUGGGGGACAACCCCUACCCCCUAGCGGUCCCCCCACGGACCUCCCCGAAGGCAGAGCGCAGGGUCCGGCCCAGGAUCCACGCCCUCCAGCUCCACGCCUUGGUUAUUACUCCGCAGCCGCAAGACCCCGUGCUCCAGCAGGUCCGCCGGCUCCGAACCUUCGCCCAGGACGCCCAGGCACGGAGGCUGCCGCCUUAAUGGAGGCCCCUCAUCCUCCCCAGCCCUCCCCCUGCCGGUCCCCCCAGCUCUGGGCCCAUAGCGCUGCUCGUGAACCCUGAGCCACGACAACCCCCGAUGAAGAGCCCCGAACGCCUCCUGAGUCCGCCCCCAGAGAAACUCCAAGUGGAUACCACGGAGCCCUUCACGGAUAAAUCCAUAGAUCAGAUUAUUCUUGAACAAUUAGGAGGACUCAAGUAUUAUCAAACUCCUCAGGAUGUUAUCACUGGUGACGGUACCGUGUUAGCUGAGUUAGAUAUGGUGAUGGACCACGAUCAAUAUGUAGCAUUGUACGGGGGAAGAAGACACAAACGAUCAACGGAACAUUCUCGUGAAAAGAGAAAGGCGACUUCUGACCUCACGUUGAAAUGGACGAAUGCUACGAUGCCUUACGAUAUCAUUACCAGCGAUUUCAGUGAGAAUGAAAUAAAAAUAAUCCACAUCGCAAUGCGGGAAUGGGAGCACCACACCUGCUUCAAGUUUAGACCAGCGGGGCCUCUGGACUUCAAUAAAGUUGUGUUUAAAAAUGGAAUAGGCUGUAACUCUCAGGUCGGUAUGGUUGGUGGACCCCAGGAAUUAAACCUAGAAGCCCCCGGAUGUAGAUGGAAAGGACUAUAUCUCCACGAAAUAGGACACGCUAUGGGCUUCUUCCACGAGCACCAGAUGCCAGAUAGAGACAAUUAUAUCGAGAUCAACUACAACAACGUCGCCCCAGUGAUGAGACAAUGGUUCGAUAAAUAUCCCAGAAAUGAAGUCAACACCUAUGGUACAUCCUACGAUCUCAGCUCUAUCAUGCAUUACGGAAUCACGGCAUUUGCAGCUGAUGGAAAGUCUCAGACUAUUAGGGCAAAAGAUCGCUCUAAGGAACACACCAUUGGCAAGGUGUGGCAAAAGGAGCUGGCUUUCUCCGACAUCCGGGUCGUUAAUGAAAUGUACCACUGCGCAGCUCAUUGCCCGAAGACUGUACGAUGUGUGGACGAAGGGUUCUUGGACAAACAUUGCAAGUGUGUUUGUAAGGAUGGUACCAGUAACUGCCAGAGAGGAACACCCAUUACUACCGGCCCAGAUAACAGUAAUUGCAAGAACAUUAAGGAGGACCACAGGUGUGAGCAGUGGGCUAGGGAUAAUGAAUGCAACAUGAACCCUAUCUGGAUGACGGAGAACUGCAGGAAAUCUUGUAACAAAUGCUUUGACUUUACUGAUACGUCACCUGACGGGCCAUACAUAGAGGGUUGCGAGAACACAUAUGAUGACGACCUCAAGUGCCAGCAAUGGGCCAAGGACGGCGAAUGCUUCGUGAACAUUAAAUGGAUGGCAACCAACUGCGCCAAAGCCUGCGGCAAAUGUAAAAGCAACAAAUGUCUGAAUCUGUACGGGAAGGACGCGAAGUGCCAAGCGUGGGCCGACGAGGGCGAGUGUAGGGCCAACCCCACGUGGAUGAUACCCAACUGCCGUAAAGCGUGCGGCAAAUGUGGUGACGGAACUGGUGGAAACGGCGGCGGAGGGACGGGAACAGGAAGCGGCGGCAAGUGUAGAGACAUACACACCGACCCUCUGGCUUGUAUGAGAUGGGCAUCUGAAGGCGAAUGUGAGGCCAAUCCACUGUGGAUGAUUCCCAACUGUCGAAAGUCCUGUGAAAAAUGUGACACCGACGGUGGCACUGACGGAGGAACCGACGGUGGGACUGACACCGGAAAUAAAGCCUGUGCCGACAAGCUGGACACAAACAAAUGUCAGGGAUGGAAAGACGGAGGUUCCUGCGAGAACGACCCCGCCUUCAUGAUCCAAUACUGCCAGAAGACAUGUGACAAGUGCGGCGUGGACAAAGAGGGAUGUAAAAACUUGGUCGAGGACAAAGACUGUCAGGAAUGGGCUGGACGAGGAGAAUGUGAAGCCAGCUCAGAGUACAUGACAGCCAACUGCCGUAAAGCGUGCAAGAAAUGCAUCACGGGAAGCUGCGUCAACAAGCACGGAAACGAGGCCGAGUGCGGGAGGUGGGCAGCAGAGGGAGAGUGCUCGGUCAAUCCCCUCUGGAUGAUAGAAAACUGUAAGAAAUCAUGCGGAAAGUGUGACACCUCGACCGGAGAUGGCGGCACCGAUGGCACGUGCAAGAAUAUCCAUAGCAACGACGCUGAGUGCGAGGCUUGGGAGAAGAGAGGGGAGUGCUCCAAGAAUCCACUGUGGAUGGUUCCGAACUGCAGGAAGGCUUGCAACAGAUGUGGCGAUGGUACCGACACCCCGGACACCGGGAACUGCAGGAAUAUCUACGGUAAUGAUGUGCAGUGCGACUCCUGGGCCAAGGUGGGAGAAUGCUCCGCAAACCCAGUGUGGAUGGGAGAGAAUUGUGCUAAGUCCUGCAAAACAUGCGACGGAAACAACAACAAUAACAACAACGGAGGCUCUUGCACCAACAGCUACGGCAACGACGUUCAGUGCUCGGACUGGGCCAAGAGAGGAGAGUGCACGGCGAACCCGGUCUGGAUGACAAUGAACUGCGAAAAGGCAUGCCAGAAAUGUGGCGGGAGCGAAGACGGCGGCGGCGACGGCGGCAACACCAAUGGCGGCGAGUGUAAAAACUUGUACAAGGACGACGCUCAGUGCCAGGACUGGGCUGACAGCGGCGAGUGUGCGGCAAACCCUGACUGGAUGCCAAUCAACUGUAAGAAAGCGUGUGGGUUGUGCGGCGAUGGCGAUAACACUGGGGACGGCAAUACUGGUAACGGUGGUAAUGUGAACUGCGUGAAUAGCUACGGGGAUGCCCAGUGUGAGCUGUGGGCUAGAGACAAUCAGUGUGCAGUGAAUCCUACUUUCAUGCUGGAGCAGUGCAAGAAAGCCUGUCGAUCUUGUGACCGAGGCUCUGAUAAUGGUGGCACCACAGCCAACAGCAACUGCGUGAACACCCAUCAUGACGAUGAAUCGUGCAGAAUAUGGGCCGAGCACGGUCAUUGUUCGUCCAAUCCAGACUGGAUGACCAAAAACUGUCAGAAGGCAUGUGGCUUGUGCGGGGGUCGGGACGGUUCCGGGGACUGCAGAAACAAGCACUAUGAUGACGCACAGUGUGAAGAUUGGGCCAAAUAUGGCCAGUGUCAAACAAACCCAGACUGGAUGUUGCCGAACUGUAAGAAAGCCUGUACAAAAUGCGACAAAAUAGCCACAGGCACCAGCCAAGAAGACAACAAUGUUGACGAUAGAGAGAUCAUAACACUCCCGACAACUACCACCACCCAAAACCCACCACCACCUCCACCAGACGACGCAUGCGUGAACGCCCACGGUGAUACUGAGUGUGCGCAGAUGGCACGUGAUGGCAAGUGUAUCAGCGAUUCCAGAUGGAUGCGACGUCACUGCCGUAGAGCGUGCACUGAGUGCGACAAAGGCAGUAAUAGCGGGACGGUUGACAACAACAGACUCCAGUGCAUAGACGUGGUCGGCAACUGCGCGGAACUGGCACAAAACAAUGGCUGCAGCAACAAUCUGCAACACAUGUACAACAAUUGUAAGAAGACGUGCGGACUCUGUGAACCAGGUGCGUGUACCAAUAAACAUCGUCAGUGUAAACGAUGGGCACGCCACGGUGGAUGUGAGCGUAACCCAGGCGUCAUGUACCGCCAGUGCCCGGUAGAGUGCGGGCUGUGCGAGCAUACCAAGACAGACCGAGCCCUUCCCGCACCCGGCGGCAAUAGGAGAAACGAUAGGGUGCGCCAUGGUCGAAGGCGUCACCAGGGACGGCGUAACAGACACGUUUUGGCGUGAUGACGUAGACGAAGCAAGUGCAAACCGACUUCACUGAUACUCGACGGAUUUCAACUUUUACAACGAAUUUAAGCUGAAGACGGAUUUUAAGCGGAUUUUUUUUUGUAAAAACUUGUUGCUGUUAUGUUGUAUAUUUUGUUACGUGGCACUUGUAAGAUGGACAGGUUCUUUACAAGCUGCAGCUAUAAAGAGCAUUUGUUGCGUAGAUUAUGAAAAAACCAACAUAUCUUCCUUCGGAUUGAAGCUUUGCUAAGCAAACAAUGCAUACAGUGUAGAGAUACCUCAAUGUUAUCACAAACAGACGGUUGGUUAAAUAACAUCUCUCUCAUUUAAUGUGUCAUUUGCAAUGUCACUGACCUUUGUCAAUUAUUUAUGAACAUAGCUCUUUAAAUAAAUAAUCAGCUAUUUUGCAGUGCGGCUGGCGGUCAGUGUUAUCAGGUCAACUUGUAAGUUGUAAAAUUUUUGCACAAAGAACAAUGAUUGAAAUGAAAGAAAAGGGUAAAUCUUGUGACCAAAGAAUGGAAUUGGCAACCGGCUCAUAAUAUUUAAAUUUGAGCAAUUAGCAUUCAUCGGAAUCAAAGGAUGAUGUUUAAAGCCAUGGAUAUUUCGUAUAUUUAAUGAGUAUUGGAAUAUUUGUUGUGUCAAUAAUUGUUAAGAACAAUCAUUUUUUUUGUACGAUUCCAGAAGAAGCGUCUAAUGGAAGCGAACCAUGCGUGUAAACAUUGUAUAAUCACCAAUACUUAUCUUUUAUUACAUGAUAUGCUUUUAUAAGAAAUCUCUUGACAAUCUGACGCUCUAUGAUACUUUUAUAUGGCAAAGACAGGAUUCGAUUAGUUCUAGAGGGUUUUCACAAAUUGUCUUGCAUUCACGCACAGACUGUCUAUUUUUGUACAUUUCUUGUUUGGAAUAAAUCUUUUUGACAUA